GCUCAAAACAAUGCAAUGCUACCCUCUACUGUUUACAAGGAGGCACUUCAAGUGAACAAGUACAUGACGCAACUGCACCUAGAACAAGAGCGCCUCUGGUUGCCAUGUGCAACGCCGAUAUCUGGCAAACUUGAACUCAAGUUUACUUGGACGCCACGAAAGUCUUGAUUUUUUCCACUUUAAAAGAUUGAUUCUUUGUAUUGUUGGCUGGCGAUGGUAGGGAAGAAGAUAUGUAUUGAUUGAUUCAGAGAAGUUAACGUUAUUAUUCAUUUAGAGCUUGUCUAGCGAUGUUAAUUUAAUUGGCUAACGUUAAAGUUGUUUGGCUGUCGAAUUGUAUGACUUAAAUAGCUAGCCUGCUAAUUAUUUUGUUUAGCCUGCACGGUGUAUCAGUGAAAUCAUUAACUGAAGGAUUAAUUGCGUAUGGCGCAGUCUCAAAUUACGACUUCUUUUUCAAAGUUAAAUUCAUGCACAGAUGGGAGGGAAGACACAUCGCUCCGUGCCACCUUGGCAGCCCAGAGAGAUGCUACAGCGUUCUUUGAGAAGUAUGACAGAAGGGAGCUCCAGGAGUUGUUGGCUCUAACGACCUGUAACUGGUUGCUGUGCGGCGACGAUUUUACUUUGCCUGUAGAACUGCCUCCAGGAAUCGUAAAACAAAUGAAAAACUUCACACAGUCCAACAUCACUGUCCUUAUGCCUUAUGACUCUAGUGCGCCACUUGAUUACAAAGUUGUCCAUCAAAUUAUCAGGGAACUUACAGUCGGAAUCUACUGCUUUAACCAAGUCCCAGUCAUCAGUCUUGAAUCCAACUAUGAUAAGAGUACCACAUGUCAACUGACACCAGCUUAUUUUGACACUAAAGUGGGACAGAUUUUGGUCAGCAUAGACUACGCAAUUAAGGCCCUCUGGCAUGGAGCGAUAAUACCCAGAGACAAACGGAUCCGGUUUUCUGAACUGUGGCGAUCCAGUAUGGGAGUGGAUUCCAGUGGAGUCCCACAGACGAAGAAGAACAUGCUUGCAGCGUUUCUUACAGCAGGUUUAAUGGACAUUUCAGAGGAUCCUGCAUACCAGGGCAUAUACGUGGACCCGUGCCCUGACCCGACCUACAAUCCUAACCUUGCAGACGAGGAGAGACUCUUCCAGCAGUACUCCGACAACGUCCUGCUGAAGCUCACGUCCUACCUGACCUCGGCCUGCCAGCAGGAGAACCUGUUCACAUUUGAGAGCACCCACAGCCUGGUGAGUGCACUGAGGCUCACUGAGGAUAAACUGGAGCUGGCAACCUACCAGAGGCUGCAGCAGAGGCUGGCUCGCCAGGCGCAGGUCGUGAGGGAGAGCCUGGCGCGGAGGCCCGACGUCUGCACAGACCUGGCCUACCUCAAGCUCAUCACCUUCCUGGUGCCCCUGCUGGUGGGCCUGAAGAAGAAGAUGAAGAUCCCCGACCUGUCGAAGGUUCUUCCGGGUUUUUCAGGAGAUACACUGAAGACUGAAAGGGAGCUGCCUCCUCUCAUUCUUGGACCCGAGUUUGCUUGCAAGCAUUUUCCAUACAAAGAAGAUGAGUACUUUCACCUGCAUGGCGGGAUUGAAAUUGAUGUGGGGACACCGUCUCUUGAUGAGUUUUCUCAGGAAAUUAAGGGAAAUGUCACAUAUAUUCAGAGACUUGCGGCAGAUUGCUUGAAUGACCUGUUUCGUCAAGACACAAUGUACAAAAAACACUUCCCCAUACCAGUGAUAGACAUUGAUGGGAAAAGCUAUCAUGUGAUCUCCAUUGAGUUGGGGUCUCUCUAUCCCCAACCCUGCCUAAUCCAGUGGUGGGAAGCUCUGCAUAGCUCCAUCAAAACCCUCAGGAAGAAACGACUGCCGCUAACAGACCUUCAGCUACACGAGCAGUUCAAAAAGACCUUUGGGUACAAGAAGGCCAUCCAGUGUAAGAGAGUGCCACUUGGGCUGAGGACAGCGGCCGAGCGUGGCCUGUCAGCGGUGUUUCAGACGCUCUGUCGGAAGAACUCGCCGUCACACCUGGGCGCUAUUGACGACCAGGGAUACACACUCCUUCACCACGCUGCUGUCCACAACCAGACGCACAUCGUGUGCCAGCUCGCCAUGGCAGGGAUCAACCUUAACCAGGCACGCAGCAGGAGGUUCACCCGCACAGCCAAGACUGGAGUGGAUGUGCAGCUAAAAGAAGGAGCUGGACCCACACCACUUCAUCUGGCUGCACAAUGUGGCUCCCUGGAGGCUUUGAACUGCCUGCUGGCACUACAGGCCGACUAUAAAAUUGUGGAUCGCAGAGGCUGGAUGGCUGUCCACUUUGCAUCCUUCUACGGCCACGUUGCCUGCAUCCAGGCGCUGUGUAGAAAGGACCCUGCUUUGGUCGAGUGCCAGACCAAAGCAGAGUACCGUAGCUCUCCAUUGUUGCUCUCCGCUACGUCAGGUGCUGUGGAGGUUCUGCAGUACCUGCUGUCCGUUGGUGCAGACUGGAGCCAGACUGACAGUAAAGGGAACAAUAUUGUUCAGUUGGCCGUGCUGUAUUUCCACAUAAACGUUCUAAUUCUUUUUGUUGAGCUGAACUUGGAAGGGCUGCCAGUAUGGAAGAUUCUUGUAGAUAUGCUGCACAGUGAGGACCACAGGAGACUGGAGAUGUCUAUCAGGUGUCUGGAGGUACUCUGUGUGAGAGUGGAGUCCUUUUGGAAAGACAUCAUGGAUGCAGGUGGUAUCGCGUCUCUGGUGGAGCUUCUCCGCAGCGAAAAGUUGUUGUUCCAGCGGCUGGCGGCGGCUGUGGUGUGUCACGUGUCGGAGCGGCCGCAGGUGUGCGAGGUCCUGGUGCGAUACGGGGCGGUUUCAGCGCUGAUCAACCUGCUCAGCUACCCUCAGGCGGAACUUCACUCUCGCUGUGCCGUCAUUCUGGCCGACCUGGCCGGACACAGCGACCAGUACAAGGCUCUUAUUGCCCAGCUGGGUGGGAUUAACCUCCUGGUGAAACUCCUGAAGUCCAGUCUGCAGGAUGUGCUGGUGAACACAGUCAGAUGUAUUCGGGCUCUGUGUGUCGGUAUUCCUGACCAUCAGAGUGCUGUUGCUAAGUCUGGAGGGAUUCCCUAUCUGGUGGAGUUCUUAAUGGUCAAUUCUGAGGGCCUGCAGGAGGAGGCGUGCCUGGCCUUGGCGGAGCUGGCCCACGGCCACCGAGAGAACCAGGAGGAUAUUUGUUCAGCCGGAGCGGUGAGCCCUCUGGUGCUGAUCCUGCGUGGCAGGAGGAUGACGGCGCAGGUCAAGGCUGCCAAAGCCCUGGAGGCCAUAGCCGACCACAACGCCGCCAUACAGACUCGCUUUCUGAAGAAGUCUGCCAGCAGGCACCUCCUGCGACUCUUGAAGGUGUUUCAGGUGGACAUCAGAGAGCAGGGCGCCGUGUCUCUCUGGGUCCUGGCUGGACAAUCGCUCAGGCAACAGAAGCAGAUGGCAGAGAACAUCGGCUACCACUACAUCCUAGAUCUCCUCCUGACCUCCUCUGAUAAGAUGCAGUAUGUUGGCUGCCAAGCGGUCAUCGCCUUGAGCCACGACUGUUCUGCCCACCAGAACGGCCUGCUGAAGGAGAACGUGGUGCCCCCCCUGGUGCGCCUGCUGCGGGGGACCCGCACCAAAGAGAGAACCCUCCUCAGCGUCAUCACCGCCUUAGCCAGCCUGUGCAUCGGUGUAGCCCAUACAAACAACACAGCCUCUCAGGAAGUCAUCUUUGAAGAGAAAGCCGUUCCUACUUUGUUGGAGCUGUUGAGGAACCAUGUUUCCCUGCAGGUCAAGGUUCAAGUUGCUCAGACUCUAGCUUGUCUAUUGUUGGGAAACCAGGAUCUCCAGGCAGUGUUUUGGGAGCAAGAGGAAUUCUCUUACAAAAUCAUCCUGGAUCUCCUGCAACUAGAAGACCAGAACAUCCGUCUGGAGGCUGGCUGUGCCUUAUCUCUCUUUGCAUACAACAACACAGCCCAGCAAGCAGCUAUACUGAAAGCUGGAGGAGUUCCUUUUGCAAUGUACGAAUCCUUCUUGAACUCAGAAAAUGAAAUUGCAAGAGCUAAAGCAGCAUUUCAGACAGUUGUGCUUGCAAAGGUGAUAAUAGACACUGACCACGUGACCCUGUCUGCAAGAGGUGUCACCAUCCUUUCUGAGCAGCUCCAGUCUGACAGCCCAAAAACUAUUGUGUUAACAGCUGAAUUACUGUCUAGCCUGGCUCACACAAGAGCCGGUAUCCCAGAUGCCAUCAUCACUAUGGGGGCUGUGGCCCACCUCUCAGCUCACCUAAACUCACCAGAAGAAGAGGUACGCACCGCUUGUGCAGCUGCACUUGGAUACCUCACCUUCAACCGUCAUGCUCACCGCCUGCUUCUGGUGGAAUGCCGGAACACUCCGUCCACGUACAACCUGCUGACUCGGCAUCUUAGUAAAGACGCCAAAAUAUCUUCAGUCUUUACCGAUGAGUUCAGAAGACAGAAGACCAUUGGCCUUCCCUCACUGAGCUUGGAGAUUAAUGGGGGCCCGCCUGUACUUCAACGAAGUGUGACAAGCAUGUCUAAACGGCUGAGUGACACAACCGGCCUGUUGGGCUCUAAGGUUUGCUUUGAGAGGACCAGGUCUGCCCCAGUACUUCAGCUCCACAGGGCGAAGAGCAGGUCAGCCACAGUCAGAGCAGGGACUUCACACAGUUCACGACCUACGCAGGAGAGACCCAGGCUCUGA